GCCGGGUCAGACAGCCGACCUCGGCCAUAAGCGCCUGCGCAGUCGCGGGGCCGCCGGCCGUGCUGUUCCCGCCAAUUCCUGUGGUAAUCCUUACCGUGGCGAGUUCCGCGUUCGAUGGAGACGUUUGACCCCACCGAGCUGCCCGAGCUGCUUAAACUUUAUUACCGGAGGCUCUUUCCCUACUCUCAGUACUAUCGCUGGCUCAACUACGGUGGAGUGAUAAAGAAUUACUUUCAACACCGUGAAUUUUCAUUCACAUUGAAAGAUGAUAUUUACAUUCGCUACCAAUCCUUCAACAACCAGAGUGAUCUGGAAAAGGAGAUGCAGAAAAUGAAUCCAUACAAGAUUGAUAUAGGCGCAGUAUAUUCUCACAGACCCAAUCAACACAAUACAGUGAAGCUGGGAGCUUUCCAGGCUCAGGAAAAAGAACUGGUAUUUGACAUUGACAUGACAGACUAUGACGAUGUGAGGAGAUGUUGUAGUUCUGCAGACAUAUGUCCUAAGUGCUGGACCCUCAUGACAAUGGCCAUACGCAUCAUUGACAGAGCAUUGAAGGAGGACUUUGGAUUUAAGCAUCGUCUCUGGGUAUAUUCUGGAAGGAGAGGUGUUCAUUGUUGGGUCUGUGAUGAAUCAGUUAGAAAACUGUCUUCUGCCGUACGUUCUGGGAUAGUUGAGUAUUUGAGCCUUGUAAAGGGUGGUCAAGAUGUUAAAAAGAAAGUUCACCUAAGUGAAAAAAUUCACCCUUUUAUCAGAAAAUCUAUAAACAUAAUAAAAAAAUACUUUGAAGAAUAUGCCUUGGUUAAUCAAGAUAUUCUCGAAAAUAAAGAAAGCUGGGAUAAGAUUUUAGCCCUUGUUCCUGAAACAAUUCAUGAUGAACUUCAACAAAGCUUCCAAAAGUCUCACAAUUCACUUCAGCGUUGGGAGCACUUGAAGAAAGUAGCCAGCAGAUAUCAGAAUAACAUCAAAAAUGACAAAUAUGGACCCUGGCUGGAGUGGGAGAUUAUGCUCCAGUACUGUUUUCCACGGCUGGAUAUCAAUGUCAGCAAAGGAAUCAAUCAUCUACUGAAGAGCCCUUUUAGUGUUCAUCCUAAAACAGGUCGCAUAUCUGUGCCUAUUGAUUUGCAGAAAGUGGACCAGUUUGAUCCAUUUACUGUUCCGACCAUAAGCUUCAUCUGCCGUGAAUUGGAUGCCAUUUCCACUAAUGAAGAGGAAAAAGAGGAGAAUGAAGCUGAAUCUGAUGUCAAACAUAGAACCAGAGAUUAUAAGAAGACCAGUCUAGCACCUUAUGUGAAAGUUUUUGAACAUUUUCUUGAAAAUCUGGAUAAAUCCCGAAAAGGAGAACUUCUUAAGAAGAGUGCUGGGCGUGGUGGCAGGCACCUGUAAUCCCAGCUACUCAGGAGGCCGAGACAUGAGAAUCGCUUGAACCGGGGAGGCAGAGGUUGCAGUGAGCUGAGAUCACACCAUCGCACUCCAGCCUGGGCAACAGAGCAAGACUCCAUCUCAAAAAAAAAAAGAAGUACUAACUUAAUACAAAAAAAAAAGUACAAAAUGCUAAGAAAGAGAUUUUAUCUGAUGGACUCUGAGAUUUCAAAUGAAAAUGGUGGUAUCUGAACUCCUUUCAGUGUAGCUGCUGUAAGAAUUCUAAUCCCUAGCCGGGUGCAGUGGCUCACACCUGUAAUCCCAGCACUUUGGGAUGCUGAAGCAGGUGGAUCGCCUGAGGUCAGAAGUUCAAAACAAGCCUAGCCAACAUAGUAAAACCCCAUCUCUACUAAAAAUACAAAAAAUUAGCUGGGUGUGGUGGUGGGAGCCUGUAAUCCCAGCUACUAGGGAGGCUGAGGCAGGAGAAUCACUUGAACCCAGGAGGCAGAGGUUGCAGUGAGCCGAAAUUGUGCCAUUGCACUCCAGCCUGGGCAACAAGAGCAAAACUCCAUCUCAAAAAAAAAAAAACCCUAGGCCGGACACGGUGGCUCACACCUGUAAUCCUAGCACUUUGGGAGGCCAAAGCAGGUGGAUCACCUGAGGUCAGGAGUUCAAGACCAGCCUGGCCAACACGGUGAAACUCCGUCUCUACUAAAAAUACAAAAAUUAGCCGGGCGUGGUAUUGUGCGCCUGUAAUCCCAGCUACUUGGGAGGCUGAGGCAGGAGAAUCACUUGAAGCCGGGAGGUGGAGGUUGCAGUGAGCCAAGAUCGCACCAUUGCACUCCAGCCUGGGCAACAGAGCAAGACACUAUCUCAAAAAAAAAAAAAUUUCUAAUCCCUAAUGCCAAUAUACUAUACCAUAAGGUAUGAGAAGGAUUUCCACAAGCAGAAAUAUGAUAAGACAAGGGUAUGGAGGUGGAAAAAGGCCAAGGGUUGUUCAUUCUUGAAGGAACAGCAAGAGCAAAGACAGACAGGAAAGCAUCCAGUUACUCUGGAAGCCAUCAAGUAGUACAGCUAAUCUAGUAUACUGUGUGUCCAGAAGUGAUGGGCUAUAAAUCCAAAGAAGCAAACUGAAUGGCCUUGAAUUCCAAGCUUAUGUGUUUGGGCUUGGUUUUGGGCUUAAUAGGAAGCUUUUAAAAGUUCUGAGGAAGGGAAUGCCAUGAUUUGUAGUUUUUAUCUAGAAAGAUAAAUCUGGGCAAGACAGGGACUAGAAUAGAGCCCAAGAGGCCAACUGCACUAUUGCCACUAGAACAGUAGCACUGGAGAUCUCCGAAAAGUGCAAAUACUGGAACCAUCCUUGAGACUUGCUAAUGAUUUAGAAGUGAAGAGAUGAAAGAUGGAAGGGAAAAUGUUAUAGAAGCCAGGGGAAAGAAAAGUGCAAGAUUAUCAAGUGUCAGGUACAGUAGGAAACUAAUAAAAUCCUGCUGCGUAUAAUAACUGGAAAGAAACACAAAGAGGAUAGCAGUGUCAAAUGAAGGGUACUCUAAAUGGGAGACAUAUGAGCAUAUGUAUAAGCCAAUAUGAAAAAAAUCAGCAGAUUGAAUAUUAUUCAAGAGAUGAAGGAUACUCUAGAAAACUGUGACAAUGUUAUAGCAAUACAAAUUAUCUUGCCACUUCAUUUUUUAUUUAAAUAUGUGAUAGUUUAAGCAGUAGUGCCUAAGAUAAUGCUCUACUCAGUAGACACUCGUAUGUGUGAUUAAUGGAUGAACAACAACUCUGAGCUUGGAAAGCCUGGUUGAAGCUGCCAUUGCAACUGGCAGUAUUAAGUCCUUUGUAUCCUCACUGUUCCAUACUAGCUCAGCCUAUGAUGUGGACUUCAACAAAUGUGUAAGCAAAUCUUUGUGCAUGAUGUGUGUUAAAUAGAAGCAUUAGGCAAAAAAGAAUGUAAAAAUAAAUGGGCUUUGUUUUGUU